AGAGUGAGGUGGAGGAGGACAUUCCAGUCCAUGUGACCACAGGAAAUCCCAUUAAGAAUUCUGAAGGAAACGUCAUGUUAUCACUAGAUCAUAAAGAAGAAGAUCAGGACAACAUGCAGGAAUCUUCAGGAGAAAACCUCAUUACACUGAUCGGAUAUUCAGGACUUCACAGUGCAGAUCUAUCAUAUAAUCCUCCUAAUCAUGAAGAACCUUCUCCUGACCAAUUACAGAUUGUAACAAUAAGUCCAGAUCUGUCAUAUAAUCCUCCUAAUCAUGAGGAACCUUCUCCUGACCAAUCUCAGAUUGUAACCACAAUUACCCGGCAGAAAGGAAGUAAAAGGUUUCAUUGUGAAGAAUGUGGAAAACGGUUUACAAGAAGCUCAGUUCUUUCUGUGCACAGAAGAAUUCACACAGGAGAGAAGCCGUAUUCAUGUUCAGAAUGUGGGAAAUGUUUCACAGACAAAUCAAGUCUCAUCAGACAUCAGAGAAUCCACACAGGAGAGAAGCCAUAUUCAUGUUCAGUAUGUGCGAAAUGUUUCACAGACAAAUCAAGUCUCAUUAAACAUCAGAGAAUCCACACAGGAGAGAAGCCAUAUUCAUGUUCAGUGUGUGAUAAAUGUUUCGCAGACAAAUCAAGUUUUAUUAAACAUGAGAGAAUUCACACAGGAGAUAAGCCAUAUUUAUGUUCAGAAUGUGGAAAAUGUUUUAUAAUGAAAUCACAUCUUGUCAGUCAUAAGAAAAGUCACACCGAGGAGAUGCCAUAUUCAUGUACAGAAUGUGGGAAAGGUUUCAGAAAUAAAUCAUACUGUGUAGAACAUGAGCAAAUUCACAUAGGAGAGAAACUGUAUUCAUGUUCAGAAUGUGGGAAAUGUUUUUCAAGGAAAUCAUAUCUUGUUAGACAUGGGAGAAGUCACACAGGAGAGAAACCAUAUUCAUGUUCAGAAUGUGGGAAACGUUUUACAAGGAAAUCAUAUCUUGUUGGACAUGGGAGAAGUCACACAGGAGAGAAGCCAUAUUCAUGUUCAGAAUGUGGGAAAUAUUUUACAAGGAAAUCACAUCUUGUUAAACAUGAAAGAAUUCACACAGGAGAGAAGCCAUAUUCAUGUUCAGAGUGUGAGAAAUGUUUCACAGAAAAAUCAAGUCUCCUUAUACAUCAGAGAAUUCACACAGGGCUUAAGCCAUACUCAUGCUCCGAAUGUGGGAAAUGUUUCACAGAAAAUUCAAGUCUUCUUAUACAUCAGAGAAUUCACACAGGGCUGAAGCCAUACUCCUGCUCUGAAUGUGGGAAAUGUUUUACCCAGAAAUCACAUCUUAUUAUACAUAAGAGACUUCACACAAGAGAGAAGCCACAUUCCUGUUCAGAGUGUGGGAAAUGUUUCACAGAAAAAUCAAGUCUCCUUAUACAUCAGAGAAUUCACACAGAGCUAAAGCCAUAUUCAUGCUCAGAAUGUGGAAAAUGCUUUCUAAAAAAAUCAUAUCUUAUUAAACAUGAGAUAAGUCACAAAGAAGAGAAACCAUAUUCAUGUUCAGACUGUGGUAAAUGUUUUACCCAAAAAUCAUAUCUUGUAAAACAUGAGCGAAUUCACACAGGAGAGAAGCCGUAUUCAUGUACAGAGUGUGGGAAAUGUUUUAGAGAUAAAUCAGAAAUUCUUAUACAUGAGAGAAUUCACACAGGAGAGAAGCCGUAUUCAUGUUCACAUUGUGGGAAAUGUUUUACAAGGAAAUCACAUCUUGUUAUACAUGAAAGAAUUCACACUGGACAGAAGCCAUAUUUAUGUUCAGAGUGUGGAAAAUGUUUUGGUUUGAAGUCAAAUCUUAUAAUACACCAGAGAAUUCACACAGGAGAGAAGCCAUAUUCAUGUUCAGAAUGUGGGAAAUGUUUUAUAGAAAAAGCUAAACUUCUUUGUCAUCAGAAAAUUCACACAACAGAGAAGCCGUAUUAAUAUUGUAUAUUAGAACAAUGAUUGUAAAUAAACGUAAGACGACAUUGGGGGUUUUACUUUACACAUGAGGCCGUUAUAGUUGUGUCCCCUCCACAAAACAGGGUUUAGGCCUCUUUCACACUUUUGUUGUUUUCUGGUAUUGAGAUCUGUUCAGG